AUGGAUUUCACGCCGGUCAACCCAAAGCCAUUCCUGACAUCGCUGGUCGGAUCACCCGUCGUUGUGCGGUUAAAGUGGGGCCAGGAGUACAAGGGCCGGCUAGCCUCGAUCGACUCGUACAUGAACAUCCAGCUGGUUGAUGCCGAGGAGUUCCAGGACGGAAACUCGACCGGCGAGCUGCCCGGCGAGCUGCUGAUCCGCUGCAACAACGUCCUGUAUGUGCGCGAGCUCGUUCUGGACAAGCCCAGCGAGGACCAGGAGAUGGCCGAGCAGGAUGAUGGCCAGAUGGAGGAGGGCGAGCAGAAUGCGUAA